UUACUUUUUGAUAACAAUAUAGUAAAGAAAUCCAAAAUGCAAUUUCAACCAUUGAAUGAUUUAGCUGCAGAGGAGAUUGGAACUCAGGGGAUGAUCGAGAUCGGAGUUCUAAUGAUCAUUUGUUUGAUAACUAUAUUUGACUCGACAAGAUCCUACAACAAAUCACUGGCAGUAGAAAAUCAGAGACAAAGGGAAUUCAAGACCCUGGAGAAUCGGAAAAGCGAGUUGGAACGAAAAGUGGCGGAUCACAAAGCUUACAUUGAGAAGCUGCGCAUACUCUUGCGUAAAUAUGCCAAGGAGGUCGGUUACUAUCAGUCGGAAAUUCUAGAUUUAGAGAGAUCGAAGACGCCUUUAGAACUGGACGAGCCGACAACCUGAAAGUUACUGAGUUCCGACAGACUGUCAUAAACUGUUCGUAACUUUCCGGAAGUCUUUAUCUAACGACUCGAUUCCGCU